UUGGCUCCACUUCAGGACCCUCCCCCGCUGGAUGCGACCGCUCUCUUUCUGUCUCUUUACACUCUUCUCAAUGUUUAUAGCGCCUGAAGAUUUUUCUAAGUGUGUGAGCUCUUGAAAAGAAAAAACGCAUUUCUUUUUUUUUCUUCUUUCUUCUUCUCAUUUUUCGUCCUUGGGAAGUGUAACUGCAAUAAUAUAGAGCGACAAAUAAUCCGGGAGUUCUUGGCCGGCGAGGACCAUGCCGACUCUGCAGAGCUCCGCCGCCUUGCUGCUCUUUAGCUUCCUGAUUGGUCUGAGCUACUCCCUGAACCCAAAUGACCCGAAUGUGUGCAGCCUGUGGGAGAGCUUCACCACCUCAGUGAAGGAGUCCUUCUCACAUCCUUACGACCACGUGACAGAGGAGCCCUGCUCGGACCCUCGGACCUCCUACAGAUGCACGCGCCACAGGAUCACCUACAAGACGGCCUACAGGCAGGCGGUGAAGACAGACUACCGCAAGAGAUACCAGUGCUGCCCAGGCUAUUACGAGAGCAGAGACAAUUGUGUCCCUCGCUGCACUAAGGAGUGCGUCCAUGGUCGAUGUGUCGCUCCGGACCGGUGCCAGUGCGAGGGAGGCUGGCGUGGCGACGACUGUUCCAGCGCCUGUGAUGACAAACACUGGGGGCCAGGCUGCGGUCAGCAGUGCAAGUGUGAGAACGGAGCUCUCUGCGAUCCAGUCAAGGGCGCCUGUCAGUGUCCUCCGGGGUUCAUCGGACGCUACUGUGAGGACUCGUGUCCAGCAGGGACCUUUGGGAAAGGCUGCCUGCAGAGGUGUAAAUGUGGGACUGGAGGAACCUGCGAUAAAGCAACCGGAGAGUGUUUAUGUCGGGAUGGAUUCACUGGGACUUUCUGUGAGAAGGCCUGUCAGGCCAGGAAAUGCCAGGCACGUUGCCCCUGCCAGAAUGGUGGUAUCUGUCGGGGCAAAGGGAUCUGCGCUUGCCCCCCUGGAUGGACGGGUGCAGUUUGCACAGAGCGAUGUCCAGAGGGAAGGUUUGGACCAAACUGUGCUGAGGAGUGUGUCUGUCACAACAGGGGUAAAUGUGACCCUCAAACUGGACAGUGCCAGUGUGCCAAAGGUUUCACCGGUUACAGGUGUAACGAGGAGUGUGCUGCAGGUACUUAUGGUCAGGACUGCGAAGGUGUGUGCGACUGUGCAAACGGUGCACGCUGCUACAACAUCGAUGGAGGCUGUCUAUGCGAGCCGGGCUUCCGUGGUCCACACUGCAGGGACAGGAUGUGUGGACAUGGCAAAUACGGCAUGCACUGUGAACGCACCUGUCUCUGCCAGGACAAGCACACACUCAGCUGUCACCCAAUGAAAGGAGAAUGCACGUGCCAACCUGGGUGGGCGGGACUGUUCUGUAACGAGACCUGCGCUCACGGUUUCUACGGUCACGGUUGCUUGGAGCCGUGUCUGUGUGUGAAUGGAGGGGUGUGUGACAGCGCCACCGGCCAAUGCCAUUGUGCCCCCGGGUUCACGGGGGUUCACUGUGAGAGUUCAUGUAAAAGUGGCACCUAUGGCAAGAACUGCUCCCUGGAGUGCUCCUGUAAAAACUUUGUCGAUUGCUCGCCCAUCGACGGGACUUGCUUCUGCAAAGAAGGCUGGCGAGGGCGGGACUGUUCCACCCCCUGCUCGGAGGGAACCUGGGGCCCAGGAUGCAACGCCACCUGCCACUGUGCCAACGGGGCAAAAUGUAAUCCUGCAGAUGGAUCCUGCACCUGCACAGCCGGCUGGCAGGGGGCGCGCUGUGACCAACCUUGCCUGAUGGGCACGUUUGGGCCAGGCUGUCUGAAGAGGUGUGAUUGUGUUCAUGCCGACGGCUGCCAAGCUACCACUGGGGAGUGCCACUGUCUGCCAGGUUGGUGGGGUCCUCGUUGUAGCGAGCCAUGUUCAGAGGGCUUGUGGGGGCGCCACUGUAAUCAGACCUGUUUCAAGCAUUGCCCCAACAGUGACACAUGCUUGAGGGAGACUGGAGCAUGUGUGUGUCGCCCAGGCUACUGGGGAGUGACGUGUCAGAACAAGUGCAGAGCUGGUAUGUACGGAGAGCAGUGCAGCAUGUCAUGCCCGUCCUGCGGCCAGUCGUACCGCUGCCACCAUGUGACAGGAGAGUGUGAUUGCCUACCUGGAUACACUGGAGUCAACUGUGAUCAAGUGUGUCCAGCUGGCUACUAUGGCAAACUGUGUUCUGAGGUGUGUGUUACCUGUGCCAACAACUCCACAUGCAACCACCGGGACGGCCACUGUGAAUGUUUGCCUGGCUGGACUGCUACCGACUGCUCCAUACCCUGUACUCCAGGACGCUUUGGCCCGUUCUGUACUCAGACCUGCUCCUGUCCAACCAACCUUAUCUGUGACCGAUUUACCGGAGACUGUCUGUGUGAAAGUGGAGGAGAUGACUGUAAACAAGACUCGUCUGAGCAGUCAGGGAGUGUUAUGGUUCCUCUUCCUCCUGGUGAGAGGGAGUCAUGGGGAGCCAUCGGUGGCAUCGUCGUGCUUGUCAUCCUGGUGGUGUUGCUGCUGGCUCUGCUGCUGCUCUACCGCCGCAGGCAGAAGGACAAACAGAACAACACGCCAACCGUCUCCUUCUCCACCAGCCGCACGGUCAACUCUGAAUACGCUGUUCCAGAUGUUCCUCACAGUUACCACCACUACUACUCCAACCCCAGCUACCACACACUGAGCCAGAACAGGCCUCCGCUGCCACACCUCCCCAACAACCAUGACCGCACCAUCAAGGUGAAUGUCAACUCUGUUACAAUCAACUCGAACACCAACAACCAGCUGUUCUGCAGCGUGAAAAACAUGGAGAGGGAGAGACGGGGCUUGUUUGGGGUUGAGAGUAAUGCCACUCUACCUGCAGACUGGAAACACCACGAGCCACGCAAAGACUCAGGAGCUUUUGGAAUCGACCGGAGCUACAGCUACAGUGCCAGCCUCGGAAAAUAUUACAACAAAGAGCUGAAGGACACGGUGGCGGUGAGCAGCAGCUCUCUGAACAGCGAGAAUCCUUACGCCACCAUCAAAGACCUGCCCGGCCUGCCCUUCUGCCCCCCGGAGAGCAGCUACAUGGAGAUGAAGUCCGCCGUGCCCAGAGAGCGAGCGUACACUGAGAUCAGCCCGCCACCGUUCAACACGGCCACCUUACGCCGAGAGCGUCAGAGUUCCCUCGGUCACGCUCCACACGAGGACCCCCAGAGCCACUACGACCUCCCCGUGAACAGCCACAUCCCGGGACACUACGACCUGCCUCCUGUCCGCCGCCCCCCUUCCCCAAGGAGAACACCUCAGUGACAGUCACAGCAGCAAGCUUCCCCCCUCCUCACUUUGAGGAUGAUUUCAGGCCUCAGGAAAGAGCAAAACUUUACGCUCUUCUCUGACAAUCAGAGCUGUAGACCAUCCACAGGGCAGCCACGGGGUAGUCUGUCCCACCAAGGAACCAUUGUUUACAGUGGAUGCCCCCCCUUUUAACUAAACACUGCCCCUUUGUGGACUAAAGCGGUACUUGCUUCACCGUGACAGACUUGCCAUCCAGACUGGGGAGCCAGCAGGCUGUGGUGAGGAAGGCUGGACUGUGGCGACGCCAGCGGGGCUUCAGCUGCAUUCACCUCCCAUGGGGAAAAAAUACGCCAGAAGACUUUUUAGAGUUAAAAGCAGCAACUUGGGGAUGUUUAUCUGUUUGAACUCGAGUAAACAUGCUUUGCUUGCUACUGAUCAGCUGUUUUUUUUUUUUUUUUAAAAGGGCACUUUUAUCAGAAUUCAAAUUUUCUUUUGUCCUCAUCAUCAGAAAUGUAGAUGUUGUUUGAAGUUACUUUGCUUUUUAUGUUACAUUUUCAAAAUCCCUGCAGCUUUGGAUGAACUCUUCACAGCUGGACAUCAAAAAAAGCAAAGAGACAAAGGUCAUGGGACUGAAUAGUGCCCGCGUGAGACAAAUCACACAAAAGAUGUUGUUUCUUUGCUGCUGAUAUGCAGGUUUCAGGCACCAAAGAUUUGUUUACCACCUGAAGGCUGUGAUGAACAGCAUUUUUUUUUUUAGAUAAUUCAUAUCAUUAUCUCUCCCCAAAUGUGGCAUUUAGAGACACAAUGGUUCACGUGUCUCUUGCUGGUUUAAACAAACGUGGCUCACUCGUUGCUGCUGUCAGAUGAAAACUUUGUAAAUAUGGAAAUAAAUGUAUUUUUAGCUUCACAGUAAUGCAGAACAGCCCUAUUUUAAGACGAUCGUGUUCAAUAAGAGAUCAAAUGAGAGCUCAGUGUUAGCACACACAGUGUUUAUGUUGGAAGAAAUAAGCCGUCAUCGCACAGAAAAUUACAAGCCAAAUCAAAGCAGCGUCAUGAAUGUCAAUGCAGUGUCCUACAGUAACUUUUGUCUUUGCAUUAAACGGGCUGGUUUACCCAAAAAUACAUUUAGCUCCAGCUGGUAGCAUUGAACUCGUCCACGUAUUCUUCUCCUACGUUACCCACAAUGCAACUACACUGCCAAUAGUUCUAUCAGAGCUUCGCUUGUGUGUUAUUUCUAGGAACGGUUCAAGCUGCUAGCCUCAAGCAGAGGUGAGAAACGGGCGACGGGAGGUGUGGUGAAGUCACACACCUCCAGAUUUUUGUCAUUUUCACACUUGUGGUCUUCGACCCCACGACUGACGCUGCCUCAAGUGACAUCACUUGAGGCAGCUUCACACCGGAGGCACUAAAACUUAUUUUACAUAUGCAGUAUGACUCUUUCAAGAGGUUUUUUUAUGUUGUACAGUCUGGCUGAUAUUCACUCUUGAGAUUUACGCUGCCAAUAAAAUGUCACCGUGAACUGAAACCACUUCUAUCCAAAGAUAGUCCUGAUGAAAACUAUCUGACAGUGUGUUCUGGUUGUUUUUGUAUUUUUAUUUUCAAUGUUGAGAAGCACAAAAACUCUAUUCACCUCCUUUUUUAUUAGGAGUGGAGGGAGAAACCCGGACAAUAUAAAACCAAAACUACUCGUAUGACUAAAUAUUGUGUUUAAUUAGUCAUUUUUCCAUAAUUGUAUUUAAAACUAUGUAAAUUAUCAGUGAGUUUGCUUCAAGGAGUUUUAAACAGUAAAAAAAAAACUACUUUUAAGUUUAUCAAUAACCAAAGUCUUGUGUUGCCUCUGAAUCAUUUUAAGAUUCGGAACCAGUCAAUCAUAUAAUAGAAACCCUGUGUACCAGAAAGAAUGUACAGUGUGCUUUAAAUGCUAUAGUUUUGGGUAGAGCUUCAGCUUUUUUAAAAAUGUUUUAUGUAUAGCCAUAUAUUUUUUGAAUGUAACCAUGGAAACAUGUGUAUAUAAUGUAAAUAAAAAGGGCUGCACUUUUCAUCUGUGGUUUUUGAAUGACAAAUGUAACACGCAGGCGCUCACUGAAAAAUUUUAUUAAUUAUUUUAGAAAAGAAAAAAUGAACAAAAAAAAUCAAAAAACGUCAUGGCUUCUCCAUAAACUUACAGUAAUGGCUGAAAUAACACAAAUCCAACUUCAAGCAAGUUACAACUUUGGCAUUAAAGUCUCAGAACAAGAAAUCCCUUUUGUGUAACCUUUGUGGUAAGUCCUUCAAACGAUUCACGAGGCCUCCAAUCGAGACUUUAACAAGGAGAGUUCGGGAUUUCACAAAGACCUUUUAAGAACACGUCUGCGGUUUGGAUGUGAUUUUGUAACAUGAAGUUUAUUUCUGGUUUACAUUCAGUCAGACCCUGAUCUGUUCUGAGAGGGAUGAUGCAGUUCAUGGUUGCAUAUAUUUAGUUAUACAGUUAUUGUGUCAUACAUCUAAUGUGCAUAUGAGAUAAAUCUGUGCCAAAUACUAAACAUUUUUGGAGCUAGCCAUUUCGAUUGUUGUGUACUUUAAAGGCACUUUGGGGAUUGUAGUGUCACAAAUCAGACGUCUGCUUCAGGCAAAAACUACAAAAAAAAACUAAUGUGGCGACAAAACCAUCUAUUAAGUAUAAUAGAAACAAAACAAUCAAGCUAUCAAGUAUCUUCCAUAAAUGCUUUGAUAUGCGUUUCACUGGAAUAUAAAUGACUAAAGCUGCCGGACUACAGUACAAAAUCUACCUGCUGUGCAUAUCCUCAAUAAAAAGCAGUGCAUGAAGCCAAAAAAAA